CAAAAAACAAAAAGAAUAGAUGACAACUACUCUUCCUUUUAUAUCGAAGAAUAAGAACUAGUAUUGAAUUUAAAAAUAGUAGUGUGGAAAUGAAGGCAGUAACUUGGUAAAAGGACUCUCAUGGACUCUUUGAUUAUGAGACCAAAUCUUUAAGCGUUAAAAAGCAUAGAGUCGAAGGAUCGUGUAAAGUCUGCAGAGAAGGUUUGAUAAGUCGAUUUAUAAUUAGACAACGAGAUAGUUAUUUAGGAAGGCAAAAAUAAAGAUGAAGCACACAUGCCAUUAACAUCCAUAUAAGCUUAAGGAGGUAAUAUUAAAAAUGAUUUUGAGACUAAUAUUUUAUAUCACCUAAUCAAAGUUCAACAGAGAAUGACAAUUAUUUGAUUGUUCGUAGUUUAAAAAAUGCAGAUGGAGUGUAGAAGGUACGAAUCUAUAUUUUAUACGAUAGGGUUACACUUUAUAGGAAGGGGACUUGUUGAAAUUGGGUAGAGUAGAGUAUCAUGUCAUUGAGAUUCGAGAUGCAAAGGGAUAAAUCAGAUCAGUGAAGGACGUUUUCUAGUCGGAAGCAAAGUUGGCCCCACCAUUGGAAGGUGGUGUUGCUAAACAAUGCAAAAUAUGUUUGCUAGAGGAGGAAACCCCCGAAGAUCCCUUUAUAACACCUUGCAAAUGUAAUGGAAGUUGUGCCUAUGUGCAUUUCAAUUGUCUCAAACAUUGGUUGGACAGCAGGGGAUAUAAGAAAGAGUCUGGCAACACAAUUUCUUACAGAUGGAAAAAGUAAUCACAAUUAAUUCUAAAAUUGUAGAUUAGAAUGCGAAGUUUGUUAGGAAUUGCUGCCUUAACAAAUAAGAUUCAAAGGGAAGGUACUGGAUUUGGCAUCUCUGGAAAGGCCCAAUCAACCAUAUAUUAUAUUGGAAAAUACACAAAUUUCUGAAAAGGAUAAGAAGGCUCAAAGAGGAAUAUAUUUGAUAAAAGGGACAGCUGAUGAUUAGGUGAAAUUGGGUCGUGGUCAUCAAUGUGAAAUUCGUAUAUCAGAUAUCUCAGUGUCAAGACUUCAUGCAUUUAUUAAAUAUGAGAAAGGCAAUUUUGUUAUCAUUGACAACAACAGUAAGUUUGGUACUUUAGUUCGAUUAUCAACACCAUAUCUUAUCUGUAUGGAUAAAAUUGCAAUUCAAGUAUGAUUAAUGAUUUAGAGACUUUUAGGUUGGAAGAACAGUGUUGACAUUUGUUAUGAAAUCUUUUUCAAGUUUUAAUACAAAUACUCAUGCUGGAAUUGCAGCUCUACACAAUGGAGAAUAAGGCAGAAUAAUGGUUUAGACUGGGUUUUAAGCAGGUAGUAACAAAACCUAGUCGAUUAACAAUAACUAAAAAAAGCAUGACAAGCACACUGGAUAAUGAUAUUUAUUUUAAAUACAAUCUACAAAUACAC